AUGCAAGUGAUCUUUUUGAAAGGAAUGAAAUUCAAAUUCAAGAACCAUACAUAAUUCGAUCGGAUGAAAUCUCGGAUAAAAUAAUUUAUACGAUUGACGGAAGAGUUUUAAUUAAAGAAUUUGUGCCUGAUUAUGAUAAUUGGAUCAAUUACUUACGAAAAGAAUUGAAGGACACAAAUUGCAUUACAUCUCCAUCUAAAAACACAAUCGACAUUAUAAAUAAAUUAAUUGAUGUGCAUUAUACUGACAAAAAAGAAUUUCAAGGGGAAUUUUUAAAAUGGGGAUUAGAAAUAGACGAUAAAUCAGUCGGUCUUAAAAUAAUGAAUAAAAAAAAGCAUCUAGAUAUUCUUCCGUCAUUUUAUCCUAGUGGAAAAAAUUUUAUACUAUCCUGUGAAGUUCUUGAAAAUGACGAUUUCAUUACGAUUACACGUAUUGGUGUGAUUAUCUGGACUUAUAAAUAUUCCGAAAUUAAGAUGCAUUAUUAUUGGAAUUAUUGGAAUGAUCGUUUAGAAAGGUUCGAAUUUGAAAUGAUAAAGUUUAAAAGUAUCCUUAAAGACUGGACUCCAGGAAGAAUUCUUCCUGCUUCUAAUUAUGAAACGAUCUAUAGAAAUUUAGAUAUUAAAUUUGGUAAAGAAGUAGGUAAAGAAAUAAAGCUUUUCGAAGAGUUUUUGAAAGAUAAUAUAAGAGAAAGAUUUUAUUUAACUUGCUACGGAAAAAUCCUCAUGAAAACAUUUAUUGAAUUAAAGGAGGAUAAAUGGAUUCAAUCUUUAGGCGAAAGCUGUAUUAAAAGUGUGUUCAAAUCGAUUUCUAAAAUUUCUUUGUUGAAUAUUAUUUUUGAAAACUUUAAAGAAUUAUCAGAAAAUCAUCCUGCAGUUAUAGCAAGCUUUUUAUCUUCGAUAGGAUUUGUAGUUGCUUCUAAGAUUGUAAUUCAAAACUCUACCUCUUCACAUCUUUCCAGUUGUGGAAGUUACUAUUAUUUAUCUAAAACAUCAUUUCUUGAUAUGCUUUGGAAUAUUUGGGUCAGAUUUCAAAAGAGUUUCCCUUUUUUUCAAAAUUUAGUUUUAAAACCAAUUUUCAAUUUUGAUUAUGUAGGUAAUAGUUCAACAAUACUUGCAAUUCCUAUACCAGGCUUCGUUUAUUAUUCAAAAGAUUAUAAUUAUUGGAAAGAAUUAAACGAUCCAUUGAAUACUUAUAACACUAUGGAUCCUAAUGAUGCAAUUGAAGACAACUCUGAAUCUCAUACCGAGGCUAAAAAUAUGUUUAUUAUGAUGAGCUCAGCAAUUUCAGCAGUUUAUCUUAUGCUAACAGAUAUUCUUGCACUCCCUGAAGAAGAGCCCUCUAACACAGAAAUUGAAGCAGAUAUUAAAAAGCUGAAAGAAUCAAUUAAACAGCUAAAAGAAUCAACUAUAGGGUCUUCUAUUAAAGGAAAUGAAAAUAUUCUUAAAGAGCUGAAAGUAUCGAUUAAUGAGCUAAAACAAUCAUUUAAUGAACUAAAAGGAUAA